AGCGUUGGCAGAGGUUUGUCAGUUUUUCGUUGGAUUCUGUGCAUGAUGUGGGAUUAAGUUGCAUUUUUGUCAGUGAGCUGCCUCAAAGUUUGCGGAUUCGAAGAGAACGGGGCCAGUGAUGUCUUCCUUUUAUGUCAAGCAGGUACCAGAUCGUGGUGCAGGGUGAGGCGUCAGAGACAGAUUCCGACGAUGAAGUCUACAUCACCUCCCUUCCUGCUCCACAGACUGUCACAGGGGGAGCCAAGGUCGACAGAGUGAGGGUUACCGGGGAGGCGUCUGAGACAGACAGUGAGGGUGAGCUGGAGAGGACAGACCAAGAGCAAAGGAAUGCCAAUGCAUCAGGAUUCAGCAAGGAACAUACCCACAUACUGAGGAGAGACUUGCCUCCCCUUAUAGUGGUCAGAGACCACCCUGAUUUACAGUCAGUAGUGGAAGAUAGGCCAAGCCCUACCCACAGACCACAUGGUGAAACCCUGCUGCAGCAGAAACUGCAAGAGUCUAACAGCCGACUGUGCACUGAUGUGGGGCAGACACUACGCCAGGUGUAUGGCCAUGCCAGCCGAGAGGUGCGCGGUGCCACAGCUCAGCUCAACACUUCCCAAAGCGCCAUCAUAAACGCCUCCCACAGUAUCAGGCUAAUACUGGAUGACCUGAAGGCUGUGAGCGAGAAGAUAGACAUCAUUACCAGCUUUCAUCUGCUACCUGAUAUUAACAUUAACCCUGUUAAUAAUACAACCCCGGUGCCUUAAGACACUAACCCGGAUAUUUUCUUUUUUUUUUCCACCUGAGCAUAUCAUGUUUGGGUAUGUUUUGUUUGAAUAAGGGUAUGGCUUAGGGAGACAAAAUGCAACCCGUCCGUCUGUUCUGAUAAACUGGUAAAGGCUGUGUGUCUAGAACGGGGCUGCUGACUGAGACAGGACUAGUUACUUCUCCUACCCACUGUUUUUGAGCUUGUUUUGGGGGUUGAAUUACAUGUUCUUUUCUUGGCUGUAUCAAGAUUUUACUGUCGUUGUCUCACCUUGUUUUUGCUGUAUGCCGGCAUUGUUAUGUACCCUCAUGUGGCACAUAAUCCUCCCAAGUCAACUGUGCUUUAUUACUUUGUGAUGAUCAUCUGACUGCCAAACUCAGACAACUCUCUGCAGCUCUAACUUUGUCAUUAACAUUUCUUUUUACUAUUUGUUUUAAUUGAUUAAUUAAUUGAUUAGUUUUAGUUAGUUAAUUAAUUAUAUGUUUAAUCUAAUCUCUUCAAUCCUACCAACAAUUGAUUUACCUGCUAUUUGAUAACAAAACAAGUCAUUUAAAAGUCUGUUGGAUGUGUUUUUGUUUUUCAAGAAUUUAAAAGGUGAUAUCUGUAACAACCUAAUCUUUAACACCUGUUCACACGUACAGAAUAUGGAUGGUCUAAAGAGAAGAAGACAUCUCUGUCCGUCAAAGGUCUGCCAGUGGACACAAACAUAGAGGUGCCCAGAUGUUAAUGAACAAUAUAGUGAUGGGUUUUGUCACAGUUUGGCAAAUGGAAUUAAAUUUGUUUUGCACUCAAAAAGGCUGUUGUAGGUAGGAAUUGUGGCAAAUUGCAAAGCUGAACUUGCUUUUAUUACUUGAAAAAAAUGUUGGGUUGAGUAAUAUAUUAGUGGGUGGCGCAGUGGUUAGCGCGGUCGCCUCAUAGCAAGAAGGUCCUGGGUUCGAGCCCCGGGAUAGUCCAACCUUGGGGGUCGUUCCGGGUCGUCCUCUGUGUGGAGUUUGCAUGUUCUCCCUGUGUCUGCGUGGGUUUCCUCCGGGGGCUCCGGUUUCCUCCUACAGUCCAAAGACAUGUAGGUGAGGUGAAUCGGCUGUACUAAAUUGUCCCUGUGUGUGUGUGUGUGUGUGGCCCAGUGACUGUUGGGAUAGGCUCUAGCAGCCCUGAGAGCAGGGUAAGAAGUCUGGAUAAAUGAAUGAAUGUUUUAAGUGAGUCGUGUUGGGAGUAAAGUAUCAAAUACCCAUACCCAGAUGUAUUUAAUGCAACCACAUUUUGAACCAGACAGGAAAGCAAUGAAAUAUCUCUCAAUAUGACAUUUAAUGUUUAUGAUCAGUUAGAUUUCCGAAAUAGUACUUGCACACUCGGAACAGGUUUUGAAAUAAACUGCUUCAUUUCAUUGACUGAAAUGUAUGAAACCUUGCAUUUCUGUACAGAUCUGAUGUUCUGUAAUUUUCUGCGGUCGUUACGCCCGUGUCGGCUGAACUCUGCCAUGGGUGUGCAGUCGCAAAUGCUUCCAUGUCCAAGCACUUUUGUCCACACACAUGUUGCACAUGGGUGGGAAAUAAAGGAUGCAUGUCCCUGCCCCCCCCCCCCCCCCAACCAUUCCCCCCAGAUAUCACAAAGAACUCACAGGCUACUCUGAUCUUGUCGCCACUCAUG